AUGUCAAGAAACUGCAAAGCGUACCCUGCUCAAAUGACACCGUUGGCCGAAGGAUCUGUGAAAUGGCAUCGGAUACGUGAACAAGUUACUGAGCGCGUGAAGAAUGCAGAAAAGUUUGCCACUGCCGUCGACGAGAACUGCGACAUCACCGACGGUCCGCACCUUAUGGUGUUUGUGCGGUAUAUAGACUCCGGCAAGAUAGCUGAAGAAUUUCUCUGCUGCAUCGAGCUCAAAGUAGGCACUACUGGAAAGGACUUUUUCUACGCCAUCGACGACUUCUUUCAGCACCAUGAAAUCAGCUGGAACUCGUGCACAGCGGUCUGUACAGACAGGGCGAGAGCAAUGACGCGAAACAUGAAAGGAUUUCUUGGACUUGUCAAACAAGCGAACAGUGCCGUGGUAUUUACACACUGCAAGGUGUGUCGCGAGGCCCUGGCUUCAAAGUCUAUGAGAGCACCGUUAAUGAACGUACUGGACCAUGUGGUGAAGGUGGUGAACUCGAUAAAAUCAAGGCCUAAAGCUGUGCACCUGUUCAGGGCACCAAACACCUUUGGAAAAGAGUCUGUGGUCCAUGGUGGCACCACUCACUAA